GAGAAUGAAAAAGAAGGAGAAAAGAAAAAGAAGAAGAAGAAAACAAGAAAAAUUGACGGGUGCGAAAGGACCCAUCGAUUGUAAUAGUAAUUUUGAUUAGCGGUGGUAAAUUUGAUUUCCGGUGGACAUGGGUGACCUUUGAUAGGAUUAAAACCUGAACCUAAGAAGGUAAAAAAUAAAAAUUUCCAAUUUUGGUAUUUGGGGCCUCGUGACAGUGAAUUACUCCAUAAAUACCUUCGAGGGCCCCCUGAAAAAUAAAUCGAAAAUAAAUUAAAUAAACAGAAAACUGAAUAAAUGAGCAUAAAGGAACAAGGUUGCAAAAAAAGUAAGCACUUGACCAUCUUUACUACAACAGAAACAGAAAGGCUCCUCUUGUAUUCCUCUGCUUCCAUUCUUAAGUGAUCAAUCAACUAGUAGUAUCUUUUUUCCUAGGGAGAAAAAGAAAAACAACAGAUUGUAGCAAAUACAAACAUGUCUUUAGGUUAUGCUGAGAAACUCUCAUUUAUAGAAGAUGUGGGCAAUGUUGGAAUGACUGAAUAUUUCGACCCACCUUACAUUUUGCAAGACAAAAUUGAGAGACUUGCUGUGAUGAUACAAAAGAGUAAGCAUUUAGUUGUGUUUACUGGAGCAGGAAUAUCCACGUCUUGUGGUAUACCUGAUUUUCGUGGUCCCAAGGGCAUUUGGACUCUUCAGAGAGAAGGGAAAGCGCUACCAGAAGCAUCUUUGCCAUUUCACCGUGCAACGCCGAGCAUGACACACAUGGCCCUAGUUGAACUAGAGAAGGCGGGUUUUCUAAAGUUUAUUAUAAGCCAGAACAUUGAUGGCCUGCAUCUUCGCUCUGGAAUUCCAAGGAAGAAGCUUGCAGAAUUACAUGGGGAUUCUUUUAUGGAACUAUGCCCUUCUUGCGGAAUUGAGUAUAUGAGGGAUUUUGAAAUAGAAACUAUUGGGUUGAAGGAAACUGCACGACGUUGUUCCAAGGUGGGCUGUGGUGCGAGACUUAGAGACACAGUUCUUGACUGGGAGGAUGCUCUACCUCCAAAGGAGAUGAAUCCAGCUGAGAGGCACUGCAAAAUGGCUGAUGUUGUGCUAUGUCUGGGAACAAGUUUGCAGAUCACCCCUGCCUGUAAUUUGCCUCUAAAAUCACUCAAAGGUGGUGGAAAGNACUAGUGGCCUCUCUUAUUUCCCUCUUCCAUUAUUUUGCAGAAAACACCCAAGGACAAGAAAGCAACCAUGCUGAUUCAUGGCCUUGUAGACAAGGUAAUUGCAGGAGUCAUGGAAUUCCUUAGUCUGCGAAUCCCACCAUUUAUUAGAAUUGAUCUUCUCCAGACCAUUUUUACUCAGGCCUUAAGUCUUGAUAAAAAAUAUGUAAAUUGGACCCUUACUGUAGCAAGUGUCCAUGGAAAUAGGGCACCAUUGCCUUUUAUCAAAUCUGUAGAGGUUUCUUUUUCAGAAUGUCAAAACAUGAAAGCAACUGUUCUGCAUAAACAACCUCUUCAGCUAAAAAGGCGGACGGUUAAGACUGCAAAUCCUUUUAACGUUAAGUUGAAAUUGAACUUCAGUGAUGGUUGCAUGUGUUCAUCGGCUGAAAUCAAGAUUCCAGUUGAUUUUCAG